CAAAACAACCACUAGAGUACGAGCACCUGGAGUGCCUACACAACCACUUGGAGGCCCCGUUCCAUUCCAUUGCGUCAUAAAGUCAACCAGCAACGACAGCGAGAUUCGAUUCAUCCAGUCAACGUCUGCCAUUUACUUUCUCAUCAAGCAUCUCUACCUACACAUCGCGACACGAUUUGCCCGCCUGCCCACAACUCGACUCCUUCACAUAGAGCACCCAUCACCAACAGCUCACAAAAGCGUCUGCAGCUUGCGCAAAUAUCUCGCAGGGUCCAUACACGGCACGGCAGCGCUCAAUGGGGCCAUCCGCACGCCUGACGCGGGUGCAACUUCUCCCCCGCAUUUCCCGCAGCUCGCUUCUACCCCGCCUUAUCCCCGCGUCCCUCCCCGCAAUAUCGCGCAACUUCCACCCCUGCGGACCACAGCACCACCGUCACGCCGGCUUCCGUCGCGAACACGAGCAAUACCAGCGGCAGCAACCUGUGGCGCACGAGCCGAUCACCUCCGAGUCCACGCGCGGCGAGACGACGACCGACCGCUCCGUCGAGGACCCGCCCGUCGACACCUUCUCGUCGCUCAACGUGUACGAGGACAUCCCGCCGCCCGGCUCCGCCAUAGAAACUAUCUACGAGGAUGGCUUCAUCUUCAGCAGUGGUGUGCGCUUCUUUGAUGGGUCCGGCGCCCUGAUGCUGCAGGGUGAGGUGUUCCGGUGGCGGCCGGCGGAGCGCGGCGGCAUAGAGGAGGACACCGCACUGCGCACGGGUGUCCUGGAACUCCCGGAGGAUGUCUGGGGCGCCCUCGACGUUGUUAGUCCUAAACCUGAGUUAUUAAUCGUCGGCACCGGGCGGCGAACACUGCUGCUCUCGAAGAAGGACCGGGCGAGGAUCACAGAGAUGGGGAUGCGGAUGGACGUGAUGGAUACCACACAUGCCGCCUCGCAGUACAACCUCCUCGCUACCGAAAGGUCGCCCAUGGAUGUGGCCGCGGCGCUGAUGGUCGAUGCGUUUGGCAGUCGGAGGGCGUGAGCGAGCUACACACAUACAUACACACACAUACAUACCGUACAUGUACAAUACCUACCAUCGAUCGAAUGAUAAGGAAAGUACCGUACCGUCCGUAUCCUGCCUGCUCCUUCCUUCCCCCCUUCCUUCGGGGGGAUCCGGGGCAACUGACUGUCUACCCGGCGUGGCCUUCGCUAUCACCCGCCCCCAGCCCCCAGCCUCCAGUGGAGUAGAGCGUAGUAGAGCGAAUUCGCGAUGAGGGGUAUCAUAUGUAGGAUGCG